AUGGAUGACACAAGCGCCGCGCUGAGGGCUGCCGAGGAGCUCGUCGAUGCCCUCAAGAGCCAGUCCCAAGUCACCCCCGCCCAGCACCUAGCUCUGCUCGAGCGCGUCGAUAAGGUGCGCAAUCUCCUCGAGACGCCAUACGAUGUGAUCGAGAGGCAACAGGAAGUCAUGUGCACCUCGGGUGUCAUGUACACCUUGAUCAUGACCGGCGCCAUCAAGAAGGUCCCAGACGAAGGCACCAUCACGGCCGAUAAGCUGGCAGCGGAGAUGAACAUGGACGUCUCGGCGAUCCAACGGCUCAUGCGUGUGGCCAUCGUCUCUGGCUUCUUCGACGAGCCAGAACCCAGCGUCUACGCGCACAACGCUCUCUCGCAAGCAUACCAGCUCCAUGCCCAAGGUCCCUUCUUUGUCCUCUGCAUGGACUUCAACAAGAUGUGCAUGACCCUACCCGACUACUUCAAGACACACCAGCCGGAGGAACUAUACGACAUCAAGAAGUCGCCCUUCUGCUUCAGCAUCGGGCAGGAAGGAAAGACGUACUACGAGGCGAUCGAUGAGAACGUUGAGCAACGGAAUAUCUGGAACGCCUGCCUCCAGAUCAUCGAGAAGAACAUGCCCAUUACCGGCAUGUUCCCCUGGGAAUCGCUCAAAGAGAAUGUGGAGAAGGAGCCGGAGCGCCCCUUCUUUGUUGACGUUGCUGGCGGGCGAGGCCAGGCGCUGCUAAAGCUACAAGACGAAAUCCCUGGGGCCUACGGCGGCAAGUUGAUUCUGCAAGACCUGCCCAUCGUCAUCAACUCGCUGAAGCCCGAGGAAAUCCCAAACAUCGAGGCCAUGUCCUACGAUAUCUUCACCCCCCAGCCCGUAAAAAACGCCCACGUGUACUUUAUGCGGCGACUCCUCCACGACUUCUACCCUCCCGUCUGCCUUGACAUUCUCAGGAGCACCGUAUCGGCCAUGGGCCCCGACUCACGCUUGAUUGUCUGCGACAUGCUGGUGCCUGAACGGGUCCAGCCUGGGCAUUUGAAGGAGCUAUACUGGUUGGACCUGAACUUGAUGUCCAUUAGCGGGAAGGAGAAGACUCUCGAGGAGUUCAAGGAGAUGUUUGACGCCGUCGGUUUGGAGUUGGUCAAGGUGUGGCCGUCUGACAUAGGGGCGACGGUGCAACUUGAGACUCGGCUGAAGAGGUCAUGA